AUGGCGCAUACAACACCAUCACACCCAACCCCAUCGCCACCACCACCCACGACUUAUGGCUGGAUAGGCAUAGGCAAUAUGGGCUACGGCAUGGCAAUGAACAUCGCCAGAAAGAUUCCGGCCACCGCACAUCUCCUCAUCAACGACCUCAGACAGGACCAAGUCGCAAAGUUCCUUGCCGAAGCAGUCGACGAGCACGGCCUCGAUCCUGCCAAAGUUAGCGCCGUCGACGCCCCAGCAGAGAUUGUUCAACGAGCGGAGAUCAUACUGACUUCGCUGCCGCAUGAUGAGGCCGUGAAGGAAGUAUUUGAGAAUGCUGAGACUGGGAUUAUUGCUGGCCUUUCGCGACCCACACAUCCUGAAGAGCACACGCAGGGACACAACUCCACCGUGAAACUAGUUCUCGAAACCAGCACCAUCGCCCCAACCACGACACUCCCUUUGCACGAAGCGAUCACCGCCAUGGGCACACAUACCUUGACGCGCCAGUCUCGGGUGGCAUUCCUCCAGCCGCAGCCGGAACACUCACCGUGA